UGAUGGGUUUCUAUCAAGUUUAUAUUUUCCAGGGGAUAAAAAAAAGAAUGAAACUAAUGUGUAGCUUCAAAAAGUCAAAUUAUUAUUAUGCAUAGAAUGUUUUAACUUUAAAAACAUUCUAAAAGAUUUUUACAAUAUUAUUUUGAUAAUGAUGUUGGAAUUACUAGUUUGUUGAAGAUACCAACUAAAAGCAACUAUGUUAUCACCAUGGUAAUGUAAAAACAAAGUGCCUUCUUGGUAUAGUGUUUGUUUACUCAAAGAGCAAAACCACCCUGUUCCAGCCACUAUCCAGUCAUGGUUGACUGAGAGGUUAUAAAGACUCGCAACAUGAAUAACAACAUCCUGAACCUUGAGUGUUUGAUAAGAACGGUGAUCAUGGCAUCUUCUCAAAGAACCAUGAAUCAAUUUUAAAAUCAACAAAUCAAUAAGACAGGUAUUUUUUGACAAGAUACUGCAUGCACUAUUGUAUUUGUUUUAUAGCAGAGCCAGAGAUACUACUUUAUUUUGUCUUGAUACGGUAAUAAAUGGCUGGGCGGAGAAUUACAAAAAGAGAAAAAUUACGUUUGGCUGAGCAGGAGGCUAAAAGGAAGGCGAAAGAGGAGGAGGAAGAACUUAAACGAUUGCAAGCGCUUGAAAGACAGCGAGCCAAGGAGGAAGAGGAGAGGGUACGGCAAAAGCAGCUAUUGGAGGAGCGUGAGCAUACCGUGAGGAAACAGAAGUUGGCGCACUCGUGCAAAUUGUUGAGCAUUUGUCGCAAAAAGAAGCACAAACAGGAUGUGGCGCAGCGCGCUUACAACGACUGGCGACUGUACGUGUUGUGCGAGGGGGUUCCGAACCCGAGUGACGUCAUCGCCAUGAACACGUACAUGUUCCUGUGGCAGGGUGAGACCGACACGCAGCACAUAGACAAGCUGGUGCCCAAGGGAGAGGAGGUGCUGCGGUUGCUUACCGUACUGGACGACCUCAUCGACAACCCACUGGACGCGCGACCCUCCAGGCUCGCCAACUGGAAGGAGGUCAGGCACAACUUCCGCUCCGAACUGCAGCAGCGAAUCAACAUGGCCACAUUCAACAUCAUUCGAAACUUCGAGGAGACCAUGGAACAGAUCGACUUGGAAGUUUUCAAAUACAUGUGCACCUGUCCAUUCAUGACUCUCUGCCUGUGGACACGCUCAGCGCUGCCCAAGCCUCACAACUACGAGCCCGAGUCGCAGGCGGUCGAUUUCGCCGACAUUGGCCUCUCACUCGAGCUCCCUGUCCACAUUGUCAGUCACAGCAUCGUUGUUCGCGCUCUCCGACUCAGCUACGAUCAUCUCUCCGAUACCAGUCACACCUGGAGUCCAAAACCACUUCCCAAAUACUUCCAGUACAGUCUAUUCCAUUGGAACACAGUAGAGUAUGAGUUGAAACUCAAAGUGAAAGAAAAGUUUGAAGCAAUGAAUGCGAAUAAAAAAGGUAAAAAGUUGAAGCCGUUGGAGGAGGGCUCUGCGACAGAAAUCAAAGAAGAUGUAGAAGAGACACCCGCACCAUCAUUGAAAAAUAAUAAAAAAAGAAAGUCGGUUAGAAGAAGAACAAAAGGAAGCAGCCUGGGUGGAGCACUGAGCAGAAACACGGAAACACUCUUACAAAUGGAAGAUGUUGAUGAUGAUGAGGAGACGGGGAAUGAGGUGGCGGUCGAUGUGACGGGAGAGGCCAUGGGCACGGCACCCGAGAAAAGUGAGCCAGAACCUGAAAAGAGAGUGCCUCAGUUGCAAAGAACUCCUUCUCAGGUGCUUCUCUUCCGAGAGAAACGAAUCAAAAACUCGUUGAGGAAGUACUUGCGCUACAGAGUGCGACCUCAGGACUUGAACAUGAGGCAGCACGUGGUGCUGGGAGGCAUCUACUACGUCGAAGUGCUCGAGCAGCCUGACCAGCCUGUCAUGCUCAAAAAUCGAACCAUACUCACACUGAUAAAAGGCGACGAACGAAUUCGCCGUCUCCACUAUUAUGAGAAAUACACGCCGCCGCCACCGAAAGAGGAAGACGACAAGCCCCUGCACAGUGCGGAUGACCCGGAGCCAGAGCCCAGGGGGAAGGAGGAUGGCCUCAAUCGGCUCGUCCUCAUCAACAUCAAACUGCCCGACUUUGUGCUAUGGUUUGAGCCACCAACCCCUGUGCAAUGGUCUCACAAAAAGCGAACCUGGACCUCCAGAUUUAUUUACGAUAAUCGCUUCAAUGAAGAUAAACAAAUGUUGACGUUCCGGGUUGGAAGCCUGCUGCCGAUUGGCCUGUCGACCCAGCGCUUCAUCAACCUGCCCUACCAGACAUGGGAGUUGCGGCCCGACUGGAAGGGGGGUCCGGGCAGUGUGUUCCUCAGCAUCACGGCCGCAACCAUCAUAGUUGAGUUCAUCAUCAAAGACAACAACCGGGUGUGCCUCAACUCGCUGCAGAAUGCGAGCAGUGGCGCCUUGCAGGAGUUGGUCGGCGUGUACUUGGAUGCUCACGAACUGGUGAGACGUAUGAGGAGGGGUGGGGUUGACGUGUUUCCCGAUCACGAUGCCGGGGUCUACAUGGCGGACAGUUCGAGAUCCAAACACCACAUAACCGAGAGCCACGCGUAUCAGUGCAUGGCGCUACUGAGCACCUCUUACAACUUCUCGUGGUCGCGGUGGAAUCUGCUUGCCGGGCCCGACAACAUAGUGAUGCAGAUGCGCGAGUUCAUCGACCGAAAGCGACUGCCCAACUACAACAUGCUGCUGGUGACUCCUCAGCGCGCUCUGCUGGUCGAGUGCACAGAGGUCAGCCAGGCGUUCAACAACCGCGGCACUGAUGGAAUGGAUUACUACCCCGACAUCUACUGGCUCGCACAGGCCCACUCCAGUCCAAUCACCCUCGACAAAAUACAAAAGAUCAAUCUCAACCUCAUGCAGAAUGUUUAUUUCGUUCUUAGCAAAACUAGAGUGCUGAGUUUUUCUUAAAAGUGAUAACAUUGUAAGACCUGGGGCCUGUUGCAUGAGAAAACACUAGUAAUCUCCAGCUGACUACUAAUAUCAUUAGUAUGUAUUUUCUCAUGAAAUAGUCUCCUGGUUUCACAAAAGCUUGUUAAAUUUUAAUCGUGAUUGAAACACGAUUAUUAAUCAGAGAAUACUUUUUUAAAUAAGGCUUCUCCGAUUGGUUCAUGUUGAAUUUUAAUUGUGGUUGAAUGCCGCCAGAACCAAUCAGAGAAGACUUAUUUUUGAGAAGAAGUCUUCUCUGAUUGAUGCUUGUGGUAUUCAAUCACGAUUAAAAUUUAACAGGCUUUUGUGCAACCGAGCAUGCGAUUUGGUAAUGCAAGAUGAAGAAAUAACUAGAAUGUCAAAAUGAUUAAAUGAUGGUUGGUAAAUAUGAAAUAAUUAUUAGAUAAAAUUGAUGAGAUCAAAAUGUAAUAGGCCUACUUAUUAUCAAAAUGAUGGUUAUCUAAAUGAUGAAGAUUGAAAUUUUUAUUAUAAUUGUAAUUUUCCCCCAGAAUAGGAACCGCAAGCAAUUAGCUAAUCGUGAUUCAUGAUCAUACAUCUUGAUAAAACAAAAUGCUAGAUGAAAACCAAUAAUAAUUACAGUGAAAAUCGUGACGUAACGGUUUAUUUCCAUAAUAUUUACCAAAUAAAUGUACUUAUAUUAAAGAGAUAUUCAAGUUAAUUGAUAUUUUCCAAAUGAUGAAAUUUCCAAGACUAUUGGAAAAGACGUGUGGUUAUGGAAGAUUGAAAGGUGAUUUUUAUUAGGAGAGGUUCUAGAAGGAUAUAAUAUAUUAUACAUCAAAGACAAAAUUGACUUACUUUUGAGAUAACACUUUUCGGCAAACUAAUUUCACAAUAAAUGUUUAUUUUUACCUACUCAAAGGAUUAAUUGAUUUUUUAGUGGAUGAGUGGAGUAGUUUGAGGCGGCCUUGAAGCUUGAGGCAGAUAAUUCGUUGAAUGCAGGCAAUAAAUUCCUCAAAUACACCGAAUCAUACUUUUUUCAAUAAAAUUUCAUAUGGAAUCUACUUUAUUGGUUUGAUUUGGUUUAGUUCAAGUAACACUUUUACCAAAGUAUACACUUUAAAGUGUAU